CUGCCCGCUGCCCGCUGCCCACUCCGCACUCCCAUCCCCACGCCACACCGCGCCGGCGAGCAAACCAAUCCAGCAAUGCCGGCGGCCGAUCCCCCCGCCGCCGCGGACGCUGCGUUCGAUGAAGGCGCGCCUGCCCACGCACCCCCGUCGCGGCCGCGGCCGCCGCCACCGCCCCGCCCCCUCUCGCUCGCCUCCGCCCUCCCCUUCUGGUUCUACCUCGCCGCCGCCGUCUCCCUCGUCGCGCUCCUCCUCCCCCGCAUCUCCCCCGCCUCCUCCUCUCCCGCGCCUCUCCCGCCCCUCCUCCGCGGGCACCUCGCCUCCGGCAGCGUCCUCAAGCUCGACCCAGCCCCCGGCCUCUUCGCCGUGACCUCCCGCCCCGGCGGCGGCGGCGGCGGCGGCGGCUCCCCCGCGCCCCGCGUCCUCAUCCUCCCGGGCCUCGCCGCAGGAACCUUCUCCUUCCGCCGCGUCCUCUCCUCGCUCUCCUCCCGCGGCGUCCUCGCCGCGGCGCUCGACCUCCCCGGCCAGGGCCUCUCCCCGGCGCCGCCCGCCGCGCCCGCGCCCGCGCGGACCAGCGUUCUCCGGGAGAUCAUGGACCGCGGCGUCUUCCACGCCUUCGAGCACCUCGUCCAGACCGGCGAGGUCCCGUACCAGGAGGAGCCGGCUGCCCCGCCGGGGCCGUCCCCGCACGCGCCCGCCGAGGCGGCCGCGGCCGUCGCCCGCGCCGUGGAGGCGCUCGGCGUGGCCCCCGUUCACCUCGUGCUCCACGACUCCGCGCUCGCAGCCGGGGCCGCGUUCGCGUUGGCCAACCCGGGAGCCGUGCGGAGCGUGACGCUGGUCGACGCCACCGCGUCAUUGCCGGCGUUCCCGGCCGCGGUGUUCGACGUGCCAGUGCUGGGGAGGCUGGUGGUGCGGGUGCCGGCGCUGUUCCGUGGGCUGGUGCUGCUGUGCUGCGCGCGCGGGCUAGGGGCCGAGGAGGCCGAGGCCCACCGGGCGGCGAUGCGGGGGGAGGGGAGGACACAUGGGGUGAUUGAGGCUUGGAAGGCGAUGAAUCACAGCUUUCAGCUGGGGGAAUGGAGGGGUUCUUCAGACGAGGUGAGGCGGCUGCCGAUGAUGGUGCUGUGGUCAGGUUCUUGGUCAGAUAUGUGGAUUGAUGAGGGGAAGAAGGUGGCUGCUGCAUUGCCGGAUGCCAAAUUUGUCUACCAUUCUGGCGGCCGGUGGCCUCAGGAGGAUGCCUCUGAGGAAAUAUCAGGGCUGAUAGCAGAGUUUGUGACCUCUUCUGAAGAAACAUCUUAGGGUCGAAUUGAGUAGCUUGUUAUAUGACAUCCUAUGAGUUCACGGCUAUGGUCAAGGGUCAAGAUCUUGGAUUUGAAAAUGCCUUAUGUGCAUACAUAUGGUUCAUUCAAACAAGAAGAUGGCUCUGCCUCGGACAACUUGGUAGCUCCUGCUGCUAGCAUGAAGCACUACCUAAGUGCAGACAUCAUGUUCUUGUACUAUAUCUUAAGGGAUAGUUUAACAGAUGCAGCCAUAGAACUCUUGUGUUGAUCUUGAAGUUGAUGCAGUGAUGAGUAUUGUUAAGCCUUUUUGUCGGAAGAGUUUCUGCUUGUGGCAUCUGUACUGAGUUCUGACUUGCACUGGUGUACUUGUUGUUGUUGAAUUGGUAUUGAUCCUUGCUGUCUUGCUUGAAUUGUAAAAUGGUAUGGUGCAGACUCAUGCUAGUGUUCGAAUUUUUUUUAUCAAACAUGUCCUAUUCUAUUGAUGUAUUCAUUUAAGCAGUACUUUGAAGGCAUUA